ACCAGUGUGAAUGAUUGAUAGUAUUUACUAGAUAGUAUUGAAAUUCUACGUCGUUGUAUCGCUUUCAUUAGAUAUGUGUGAUACACCCUCAGAUAUACUUUACCGCAUCUUUAAUUAAGAAACGAAGAAAGCAAAUUUCGAAGAACCUUUGACGGUCAUAGUAAAUGACGUAAAAACAUAUUGUCCAAGCUAAGAAGGAAGCAUUGCACUUGUGCAUUGCAAACUUAUACAUCAUUUCUAUUACUACAUUACACCUGAAAAGGGUUUCAUAGACAGAACCACUGUUCUGCACAAGACUACCGUUCGACAUCAUCAAGAAAUGUAAACCUGCUUUUUGCGUUAUCAUUCUCAGAUAUCAAGAGAAAAAAAGCACGUUCUCAGAGUGGAGUAUCAUCCCAAAGUACUCCUAAAUUUCCCGCACGAACACGUAGAACGUUCUGCGCAAUGCCGACGGUGCUGCCACUGACGAGUUAUUCGGGAAAUUCUUUACUGCCGUGCAUUCAAACACCGGAAAGAGGUAUGAGCGAGUCCGUCGGAUUCGUCGUGGGUGGGCUGCGAGCGAACGUAAGUUGUGUGUGGUCCGAACCGAGCGUUUGGUACGCUGGAUGAGGCUGUCGCGAGCGUAGAAGAUGCAAGACGCUUUGUUCGAACGGUGCGGAGAGAUUUCUCCGUGGCAGAAUAUAAUCGGGGUCUGGUCCUGAACAAAGCGUCCAAGAUGAUGCUCCUGUUGAUUUAUUUUUUAAUUAUUUACCGAGCGUCGUCGGAAUUGACGCCCGGUUUCGCUGGAAAUUCAAACGGCGAAAAUGAAACAAGGAAAAGCUUGGAAUUGAGUCCCAUUCACAGGAUGAAGGAUUCCAAUUACCUACUGGAUAGGUACCCUAUAGGAGAAUUGCCAUCCGAUUCUUUAAAUUGUCAUAGACCAGCAAAAUGCGUGGAGAUGCAAAAGACUACAUGUAUGGGUACAAGAUUGCCUUAUACUACCACUACUUUGGAUCUUAUACCUGAACAUAUAACUCAAGAUGAAGUAGAGGAGAGAUUGCACAUAUUACAAGCAUUGAAACAUAUGCCAAAGUGUUGGGCAAUCGUGCAACCUCUAUUGUGCUCUAUAUUUAUGCCCAAAUGUAUCAACAAUACGGUUGAUUUACCAUCCCAAGAAAUGUGCAAAAUGGUUUCAGGACCUUGUAGAAUUGUGUUUAAUCACACAAUAUGGCCAAGCUUUGUUAAAUGUGAAAAUACAAAAUUAUUUCCUAAAUUAUGUAAAAAUGAUAUUCGAGAAUUAAAAUUUAAUAUUUCGGGUAAAUGUCUGAAACCUUUGGUUCCAACUGAUAACACUCUCGCAAUUUUUGAGGGCGUUGAAGGUUGUGGUACACAAUGCAACGAUCCACUUUUUACGCCGGACGAGCAUAAACAAAUUCAUUCUUUUAUCGCUUGGGCUGCAGGGAUCUGUGGCUCGUUUAACUUGUUUACGGUCAUAACGUUUCUAAUUGAUUGGAGAAGCGCAAAUAAAUAUCCAGCUUUAGUUAUUUUCUACAUAAAUUGUUGUUUUAUGGUAUCUUGCAUCGGAUGGCUUGCUCAAUUUACACCAGGCAGUAGAGAAGUGAUUGUAUGUCGUAAAGAUGGAACAUUGAGGAUGAGUGAACCAAGCGGAGAAAACUUAUCAUGCGUCGUAGUGUUUGUCCUUGUGUAUUAUUCUCUUAUGGCAGCAAUGGUGUGGUUUGUGAUACUUACGUAUGCUUGGCAUAUGAGUUUUCAAGCAUUAGGAAAAAUUCAAGAUAGGAUUGACAAAAAGGGUGCUUACUUUCACUUGAUAGCUUGGUGUUUUCCACUUGUCCUUACCGUCACUAUAAUGGCAUUAGGUGAAAUAGAUGGAAACAGUGUGACGGGCAUAUGUUUUGUGGGUUACGCUAAUCACGGAGUCAGAGCUUGGUUCCUGCUCGGUCCUGUGAUGAUUGUUUUACUGGUUGGUGGAUACUUCUUAUCUCGAGGAUUGAUUACUCUGAUUCGAUUAAAAAUAACCAGUCAAGAAAUUAUAUCUGAAAGGGCAAGUUCUAAAAUAAGAGAAACUAUUGUUCGCAUGGGUCUAUUCUCAAUUUUCACUUUUACCGCGGCCGUGGUAACAUUUUAUUGCCACAUUUAUGAAUUCCAACAUUCGUGGGAAUGGCGUCAAAGUUUUAGAAAUUACAUGAUAUGUGCGAUAACGACACACUAUUUAGAUAUUUCCGAGUGCAAAAUGGAGGUUCGGCCAAGUGCCGCUAAAAUGCAAUUGCAUUUACUUUCACCAUUUUUUGCUGGUAUCCUCAUGUCUUCGUGGGUUUGGACUGGUUCAACUGUAGACACCUGGACGAGAUUUCUCAGACGGACUUUCAAUUGCGAGACGGAAGAACCGAUCAGAUUAAAGAAACACAAGGUUAUCGCCCAAGCAUUCGCGAAACGAAAAACGUUUAACAACGCCGGUCGAUUGUCCAUCAGUUUCCAUAACACUCAUGAGGAUCCAGUCGGUUUAAACUUUGAUUUAAAUUCUGUGGCCUCGCAGGAUUUUAGUUCAACGUGGGCUGCCGCUUUACCCAAGUUAGUUACACGCAGAUGCGCGCUUGUAGGCGCAACAACAGGUUCUGUAUCCAGUAACAGAAGAAACUCCGUGGACUCCGAGAUUAGUUUCAGCGUGCGUCGGGUGUCCGUGGAAUCCAGGAGAAACUCGUUGGAUUCGCAGAUAUCUGUUCAAAUAGCCGAGCUGAAAACGACGCGGAAAGUCGCGAGCACCUCCCGUGGUCGACGUGGAAAACGGCGACGAGACUUUGGAAAAUCGAGGUCUGGCAAAGUGGGACCAUUGUUCAGAAGAGGUAGCACAACGUCUCAAGAAAGUCAAUUAGGUGCUCAAAUAUUAUCAGCGUUGACCAUAGGUGGCGGCGACGCUAGAGUACCGACAAUUCAAGUUCCUAACAUGAAGAGACGAUCGGCGACCGCUGGUUUGGACGACCGAACCUUGAAUCCAAAACUGUUCGAUGGAAAAAACGCUGGCAUGCUUCUGCCAUUUCUAUUCCCAGCGCAGAGUGGUAGCGAUGAGAAUUUAAGCAGCGAGGAGAAACACGAGCAAGAGUUGGCAGGAAAGGAUGUGGACAUCGAGGGUGGCAACAUCGAAAAGGACGACCAAGACACCGAGACUGACGAAAGCGAACCUGAAGAAAAAACGAAGAUGUUGGAACCCGAUGAACCGCCCGAGCGCAGCAAGAGCAAAACUAGUAACAAAAGCUCCAAGAGUUACAGUCACGAGAGCGUCAGAAGGAGCAGAGAGGGGCGCAAAAGUAAAUAUUUCCUCCAGGAUGAAGCUAUCUUGAAACACCUGUUUCAAGAAUCCAAUGAUCUCAAACUGAAAAACGACUCUGACAUCAAAGAGGCGUACAAAAAAGCCGGAAUGGGAAAUCUGGCGUCUAGUCUUAACUCGUGUUGCGCUGAACUGACACGACUCAAGCAACUGGACACGCAGGCCGCCAAUGCCCGAGAAAUGGCGACGCAAACCUCGCUUCCGUUGGACAUUUUGGAAAUGGAGGAGUUGAAGCAAAGCAUAGACGAGAUCAUCAACAGUCGACAUUGUAGCUCUAAAGGGACACAGAUUUCACCUCAGCUAAACAAAAGCAAAAAUAUCGCUACGUAACGCUAACUAUCUUCUUGGAAUUGCGUUAAGGAAGUGAUUGCAAACAAAGUGAAUUUUACGAACGGAUCUUUAUUUUCGAUAGUAAUUACUGCCGCUAUCAAACUGUGGUUUGUCUUUUCAUUUUAUUUUUUUAUCUUU